CCCGGCGACGUCAGAAGCGCAGGGCGGAAUGAGGCACGAGCUGCCGGUUCGCUGGCUCCGGGUCCGGUGAGCGCCGCGCCCUCCCCUCCCCUCCCCUCCGGCCGGGCCGUCGCCCCCGUCUCGCUGGCGGGCACAUCGCAGCGGCUUACAGGAUGCCGAAAAAGAAGACCGGGGCGCGAAAGAAGGCUGAAAGUCGCAAAGUUCGCGAAAAGUUGAUCCGGGCUGCUAAGGACAACGUGGAUGUGGCGAAGCAGCCCUGCAACGCUUCCAUGGAAUGCGACAAGUGCCAAAGACGGCAAAAGAACCGGGCUUUUUGUUACUUCUGUAAUUCGGUGCAAAAGUUACCUAUUUGUGCCCAGUGUGGUAAAACAAAAUGUAUGUUGAAAAGUUCAGACUGUGUUGUUAAACAUCCUGGUGUCUACAGUACGGGGCUUGCCAUGGUGGGAGCAGUUUGUGAUUUCUGUGAGGCCUGGGUGUGUCAUGGCAGGAAAUGUCUGAGCACACAUGCUUGUAUCUGCCCACUUGCUGAUGUUGAAUGUAUCGAGUGUGAGAGAGGUGUAUGGGAUCAUGGGGGGAGAAUAUUCCGGUGCUCCUUCUGUAACAACUUCCUCUGUGAAGAUGAUCAAUUUGAGCAUCAAGCCAGCUGUCAAGUUCUGGACUCUGAAACCUAUAAGUGCAUGUCUUGUAAUCGUCUAGGGCAACAUUCUUGUCUACGCUGUAAGGCCUGUUACUGUGAUGAUCAUGUUCGCAGCAAGAUUUUCAAACAGGAAAAGGGGAAGGGGCCACCCUGUCCUAAAUGUGGCCAUGGAACACAGGAAACAAAGGAUUUAAGCAUGUCCACUCGUGCAUUGAAGUUCGGCAGACAGAGUGGCUUAGACGAUAGUGGUGCAUCUGGCUAUGAUGAGUACUGGAAAAAUAUGGCAUCUGGUGGAGGUGGAUCAUGUACAGUUGAUGAAGAUGAAGAAUAUGGUGAAGAUGAUGAGGAAUAUGAUGAGGAGGAUGAAGAAGUUGAUGAAAAAACAGAAAAAGAUGAUGAUAAAGGGUAUCUGGACACUUUUGCUGGUCUAAAUCUGGGGAGCACUUACGCAAGUGGCUAUGCACACUAUGAAGAAUCAUAAAAUGUAUGGACAUUCAUUGAUUGUAACUUUAUAUUUAACAAUGUAUUUUGAGGUGAGCAUUAAAAUAAGGUGGAUUGUAAAUGUUCUUCAUGGAGUGCAGAAUUGUUGGCUGGCUUAAAGCUACACCUCAAUGAAAUCCUUCUCAGCUGUUUAAAUAAAUAUGAAUUACCAAA